AUGACGGAAAAAAAUAAUUUAUACAAUCGUAAGUCACAGAAUGAAGUUCUACAGGAGAAAAAUUCCUUUGGACUCUCAAAUUCUGUAGAUUAUGAAACAAAAAAGUAUACAUGGGAAAAAAUCAACGACCCUUCACAUGAAAGUAAUGACGAAGAUACGCAUAGUUUUACUAAAGAAUAUAUAGUUGAACAAGAAGAUUCUUUAACGAGGACAUCACAAGAACCCAGUGUAAAGAAAAUAAUUGCAAUGGCAAGAGGUACAGACUCCACUCAGUCUGAAGAUUCUGGAAUUAACAGUUCCGCUCAUGCACCAGAAGAUAAAAUGUGUCGCAUAUGUUUUGCCGGUUCGGAAGAGGAAGAUAACCUUGGCCGUCUUAUUUCACCGUGUCAAUGUAAAGGAACUAUGAGGUAUGUUCAUGUGGAAUGUUUAAAUCAUUGGAGGUUACAGAGCCAAAAGCAAACCAGUUUUUUUCAGUGCGACGAAUGUAAAUACAAAUAUGCUUUUCGAAGGACGACAAUGGCUAAAUUUGCUACUAACGAAUUUAUUCUAACACUUGUCACAUUAUCAUUAUUUGCAAUUUGUGUUUUUUUGGGAGGUUUUCUUGCAAAAUUUUUUCUUUAUCUCUUUCCUCUUACAGAGGAUUUUGAGUAUGAAGAAGAAAUUGAUGAAGAAGUAGAACCAUUAUUUACGGAACCUAUUACAGUAUCAACGAUCUUUACUAUUGAUUCCUUUCAUAUCUUGUCAGGAUUUUUGUUUGUAGGCCUUAUAGGAUUCGUACAAUUGUUCUUUUCUUUAAUGUGGUUUGGGCCAAUCCCUUCAUGGAGUAAUUUUAGGAUAGGACCAGCUAGUGGAGUUGGUAGUGGAAGUCGAGCUGAUGGAUUUACAGUCUUUUUUUUCACAAUUAUCAUUGUUCUUGGUAUCCUUAAAGCCACAUGGGGGAUGUAUAAAUUGGUUAGGAGCGCAAGUAGAAAAUUAUUGGAAAGAAUCGAAUUGACUAUUCUUGAAGUGAAUGAGGCAUAA